CAUUACCAAGCGAUCAUUGAAGAGGGGGGGAGGGGGAUCAGCAAUAGGACAGUAGCCCGGGUAAUGUUAGCCAUGUCCAGCAAAAAAAAAGACCAUGUCGCGUCUGGGUCCAGAACGUUUCUUGGUCUGUAAAGCAUGGUCGUUCAUGGAAGCCGUGGAAGAACUCUUGAAAAAGACCAAACUCUCGUCCUUUUUUUUUGUACGUUGCACGCGAUUACUGCUUUACUGGACCAUUUUUAUAUCUUAUUGGUUUUCUGGAUUCAGGUAGAACAGCCCCGUCUGAUAUAUACGUUUUUUUUUUGUUGUUGUUUUUCCUUGACACGGAUCUGUCCAAAAUAGAAACGUUGGUACAUGGGGUUUGAUGAUCCUAUAUGGGGAGGGGUUCCUGACCGCGAUCUGGAUGGUACUCGACGGUCCUCCCAAAAAAGCGAGCGAGAAGGGUAAAAAAAAAGCCAGUUGUGAUUGUUGCGCGGGAUAUGAAUUCUUUGUCCAAGUUGUUGUCGUUUGCAGAUUGGGGGGAUUAGGAUUUUUUUUUCUGGUUCUUGGCUCAGGACUCGUUUGAAUUCGUUCGUAUUUUUAAAAAAGAU